GCGUCCCGCGUGGCCGCGCUGCCUGCGGGCUCGUGCUGCACCGCCCCGCACAGGGGACGCGGGUGACGGCCUGAGGGCGGCGCGCCCUCACAAGGAAGCGAGGGGGAGGAGGCGGGGCGGUGUGACGGGCACCAUGGCAUGGCGGAGCGCGGCCAGGGAGCUGCUGAUGCUGCAACCUCGCACCGCACUGCUCACAACCCGGGGACCGGCCGCCUCCUACGGCACUUCAGUAACAUCUGCCAAAAUCCAGGUGAAUGGAGUCAAUCUGCAUUAUCAGCAAACAGGAGAAGGAAGCCAUGCAGUUCUUCUGCUUCCCGGAAUGCUAGGGAGCGGUCAAACUGAUUUUGGACCACAGCUUAAGUCCAUGAAUAAGCAACUUUUCACAAUUGUCGCUUGGGAUCCACGAGGAUAUGGAAAGUCCAUCCCUCCCUCUCGAGACUUCCCUCCAGAUUUCUUUGAGAGAGAUGCAAAAGAUGCUGUAGAUCUUAUGCAGGCUCUGAAAUUUAAUAAGUUCUCUUUACUGGGAUGGAGUGAUGGUGGCAUUACAGCACUCAUUGCAGCUGCAAAGUAUCCAGCUCUUAUCCACAAGAUGGUUGUCUGGGGAGCAAAUGCUAGCGUUACUCAAGAGGAUGUGAGAAUUUAUAAUGGUAUCCGAGAUGUUUCAAAAUGGAGUGAAAAGGUUAAGAAACCACUGGAAGAGAUGUAUGGACAUGAAUACUUUGCAAAAACCUGUGAGGCUUGGGUAGAUGGAAUAGCCUGCUUUGCUGAAAAAUCAGGUGGUAGUAUCUGUCAACAGUUGCUGCCUCUUAUUAAAUGUCCCACGUUAAUAAUUCAUGGUGAAAAAGACCCUUUGGUUCCACGCUUUCAUGCAGAAUACCUUCAUGAGCACAUCAAAGGCUCCCGGUUGCAUCUGAUGCCAGAAGGAAAGCAUAAUCUACACCUCCGUUUUGCAGAGGAGUUCAACAGAGAAGUAGAAGAUUUCUUACGGUGACGUAAACUGUAAAGUUAUAGGUAUUUGUCCUUGCGCUAUUUAAUAACUUUAGCAACUUCAUUUUUAAUUCAAGUUAGGCAUGAGUCCUGCAAGAAAAAAGCAAAGAUAUCUGCAUGAGAAGAAUCCAUAUUAACAAUAUGUAAGCCUCUGUGGAUCAGAAUAUACUUAACAUGCCUUUAAACUUAUUCAGCCAGUGGGGCAAAUAAUAGCUGUUCUUGGCCCAGUGCAGGAGUUAGGAAAGACAGAAAACAAUCUAGAAUGCAUGCCUUUAUGUGCUCUUAACAUUAUAAAGGACAAAAAAACAUUGUAA